GUACUCAAGUUUAGCAGCAAGUCACGAAAAUAACCAAAACAAACGUCUGGACGCUUUGUGUAAUAUUUCUCCGUGGAAAUCAUGCAUUUUGGCGCAUUUACGUCCCAGGUGUCGCUCGGUGUUACUGGUGGCACUGGCGUCUGAUGACCAGUAAGUACAUAGUCACAAGGACUCUUGUAUAUUGGUACGUUGCUUGUACAUGUAGCUCGUUGGCGCUGUACCAUCAAGUGUCAUGAUUGUGCACGAGGACAGAUCUAGUGAAUGUGACAGCUGUAGACUACUACACACGCGCGAGACAUUCUGCAUUCAAUUGUUCUGCUUUCUAUCGGAAGUGUGUCGCACACAAUGGAGCAUGACCCAAAUGGACGUCUAUACAUUCAGCUAGUGCUGGGAAGUGAAGUAUCCACACCGAAUGCAUGAUAGGUCUGACCUUCGCCGUUGUUAUCAAGUUUAGAAAGGAUGUAUGUGCAUGUCGUUUCAUCGUUGGUGUCACUUUUAAAAUCUUCCCGGCGGAUGCUUAUUCACAUUGGUGCAGUUUACUUCAUAACCUUCCUCAUCGUCCUCCCCAUCUUAUUAUGCAAAUUGAAAUAUUCUGCGUAUUACUGGGGUUAUGACGACUUGCAUGACGAAAGGGAAAAGGAGUGGCACUUGAAUGAGGAAAGAGCAAAAGUGGCAAAAAACUGGGUGAAGGAACAAAAAAUAUCCAAUCGGGAUUAUCUCUCGUCGAGUAGCGCUUUAAAUCAUAUUGAACAGGUCGAUGUUAUAAUUACUGUUAUAUCUACCAGAAGAGAUGAUAUUGAUGGGUCAGAUCCACAAUAUGUCACACAGACUGUCGCGAAAACAUUUGAACUUUUGCGAGACUUUCAACAGAGAUCUGGUCUUUCGAAUUUCUUUGGGUUAGUGUUGUGUAAUGUGGACCCAGAUCCGCGCACGUAUGCGGAAUUAAACUUCCUUUCUCGCUCUUUACAUUUGUUACAACUUGUAAGAUUCCUUGUGCGACCUCCUUCACAUCUUGAACAACAGAACCGUUAUGUCAAGGAACAGAGUGACUAUUCAUACUGCCUUAGAAAAUCUCUAGAACUAAAUCCCAAUUCUUACAUUUUUCUUCUAGAGGAUGAUGCUGUGCCAAUACCUGAUGCCUUUUGGGUGUUGCAUCACACAAUAACACAUUCAUUAAAACAUCGUAUAUCCGAGGAUACGAAAGACAAAAUCGGGUUCAUCAAAUUUUAUCAUCCAUAUCGUUUUAUACACAGAGCAAGAUACUCCGAACUUAUCGGCCUUGGUGCAAUAUUUGGGACUGUCUUGACAUUCAUAUACCUGAACUUGUGCAUGUUGUGGGGAAGAGGGAGUCAACUUCAAAAGGUUUACCUCUGCUGGGCAUUGUUUGUCCUCUUCGCAUUUUUAGUGUUUCUCUCUUUUGGACAGGCAAACAUUUUGAAAUUUCGCCACGUUUCAAAACAUUUGUAUAUAAAUGAACCAGCUGCUGAAUGCUGCACUCCUGCCAUGCUUUUUACUCAUAAAAGUGGGAGACUUCUUGCUGAUUAUUACGAUGCACAUCAGUGCACUGCUUCUGAUCCAAAAGCAUGUGCUAUGGACUUACUUCUAGGCUCAUUUCUACAAGACACUGGAACCACUGGGUUGAUUGUCCUCCCUAAUAUUUUUGAUCAUAUCGGCAUGUACUCUAUUGUGAAAAAUAAUGUGAAAAAUCCUGAAAUUGUUAACUGAAUUGCAUAUCAUAUGGCGUCAUUUGUAACCAAGCUUAAGACCACGUACCGGUGUAAAAAUGUAUGAACGUAUGGCCAAUUCUGUAUAAAACCCCUUGUGAAGAAUGCAACUAAAAAUCCUAUACGUUUAGAAUUGAUAAAUUUGGAGAUAUGAAAAAUUUGAUGGCCGGACUUAGACUUAUGCAAAUGAUAGUGUAUAUUUUUUAUUGUGGGACUAUUACGGUCACCACAAUUUGGUUUGUCACAUGUGAUGCUUAUGUAUAAAAAUA